CCACCAUCUCUCCCUCUCUCUCUCCAUUCCCCCUCUCCUCCUCAGAUCUCCCACCUCGAACCCUAGCCAUGGCGAUCGCGGCGCGCGCCCUGCGCCGCAUCCCCCUCCACCUCGCCCCCUCCCUCUCGCGGGCCUUCUGCGCGCUCUCGCCGGCCGCCCCCGCCCCGGCCGCUGCCUCCGCCAAGGUCGCCGACCGCAUCGUGCGCCUCCUCGCCAUCGACCCGGACGGCGCGCGCCGCGAGGUGGUCGGCCUGUCCGGCCAGACCGUCCUCCGCGCGCUCGCCAACGCGGGCCUCAUCGAGCCGGAGUCCCACCGCCUCGAGGAGAUCGACGCCUGCUCCGCCGAGUGCGAGGUCCACAUCGCGCAGGAGUGGCUCGACAAGCUCCCCCCUCCUUCCUACGAGGAGCGCUACGUCCUCACCCGCGCGUCCCGGAACCGGGAGCUCAACAAGCACGCGCGGCUCGGGUGCCAGGUCGUGCUCACACCGGAGCUCCAGGGGAUGGUCGUCGCCGUUCCGGAGCCCAAGCCAUGGGACAUCCCGUAAUUGCGAGCCGCCGCUGCGAUGGUGAUGUGAGACUUCCUUUCCCCCACCGUCUCCCUCGGCGGGUGCGUUCGUGCCGCGCCAACGCUUUUUUUAUGUUAUGGAUUCGAUGAAAGAAUAAUGAUUUGAUGGGCAAAACUUUAGUGCUGAUGUUUAAACUUUUGUUUACUUUGAAUGUGGUAACAUGUGGAUGAUGUAAUGUGGAAUCCCUUGAAAUUGCCUCGGUUCAGUUCAAUUGAUGAAUGGUGUUGGAGCCAGAGUUAAGAUUCA